GCAACAAAGCUGAAGACAGACAAUGGAGUUUACAUGCGAGAUGACCAAGCUUGCCUACAGACUGGCUUAGAUGGCCUUCUGCUAGGAUCUGUCACUCAAAGAACCAGCUCUCCUUUGAUUGGUCAGUGCCAAGGUGAGAUGUUGAUGCAGGCUGAGGAGGCCCCUCCCCCAAUAAUAUCCCGUCGGAUUUCCACAUCUCAGACUUUGGACAAACCACUUGGGUUGGAUCAAGCUAUUCUCUACAGCAUUGAUUGUUGUGCUUCCGAUGAAACAAAGAAGAAGAUGUACAGCUGUAUCCUUGUAGUAGGAGGAGGAGUGGCUUUGUUUCAAGGAGCAGCUGAGAUGCUGCAACAGAGAAUCCAAACCAAGAUGCCUCCUUCAUUCAGGAGAGCCGUGGAUAGAGUGGAGGUCAUAUGCAAAUCAAAGGAACAAGAUCCGCGGGUGACUUGUUGGAAAGGAGGGGCUGUACUGAGUUAUCUUGACACCACUCAAGAAUUAUGGAUUAGCAGGACUGAAUGGGAGCGCGAAGGACUCAAGCUUUUAAGAGAACGGUCACCGUUUGUUUGGUGAUAGACAAUUGGACACAAUCGCAGAUGCUAUUGACAAGUAUAUGGAAGAGAGGCAAAGUUUGCAUUUAGCUUCAUUGAAUUGAAGUGGAGAACAUUGGAAGAAAGAAAGGAUGCUGAUUAGAUCAUUCAUAUGAUGCAUUCAGAGCUGAUAAAAUAAUCAGCCAGGCAGGAGAUUGUAAGAUUGCCAGGCAUGUGUACACUACAUGUAAGUAUUGGUGGAGAUAAGACCAAAUGUUUUGGGGUAAGCAGGAGCCUGUAAUGAUGCAGUCUUAUAUCUGACGUGAGAGACUUAGCUUGCUGCAAUGCUUACUUAAAUAUCUCUGAAUGAAAGCCAAUGUUUGAGAGCAUUGAAAUGAGACAUCCAAUGAAAAGUGUUUCAAGUGGAAGCCCAGCCUGAUGACAAGAUUAUUCUGGUAAAAACACAAAAACGAAAGACCAUAGUGCUAACAGUUUGAUUAAAUCUUUCCAUAGAUACCGGUAACAAAAUAAGGAUUUUGUUAAAGCUUGCCCUUAUUUGUCCAAUUGUGAUCAUUUUUUCUUUACAAAUGUCUUAUUAAAGUUAUUAAGGUUUGAGCCAUGUUGCAGGUCACAUUAUUGGAUUGUAAUAUAAAGUGAUUGACUUUAACCCUAAAUAGACUGGGCUAUUUCAAUGCCUAAGAAGACUUGGGGGGGGGGGGGGGGCUGAUUCAGCCCCCCGUAUGAUCUCGGCCGUUGAUCACUCGAUCGCGACGAAAAUUGGCACACGCGUUACCUAUGGCAUAAUCUACAAAACUCUAAGAUCAAAUUCUGUGAAAAAUCUCAUUGCUAAUUAAUUGUGCUAAUUUAUGCAUAAAAUCAAAAGUUUGCUCUAAUUAACUAAAUAUUGCCCCUAACAUGCUAAUUUUGGUACACAGACUCUUAAUAGGGAUCUGAUCAAAUGUAUUUUUUUUUUUUAAUUCAGCAUUACAUUUAUUUUCUUGUUUUCUAAAUUAUGUAUUUCUUUGUUUUUCGACUUUUUGUUUUUUAUUGUUUUUUCAAUGGAAAUUGUCGGGGACUUUAUUUUUACCAUAAAUAAGAUGGAAUUAAUUAUCAGAAAGAGGAAAAAUAAUGAUACAUUUAUGAAUUUUGGCUAAAAAACUAUUUGCAUUAAAUUUAUACAUGAAUUCAUGUUUUUGAGCAAUUGUAGGUCUGCAUGCACUUUGCGUAAUUUCGGAACUGCAUACCUGGUGGACGCAAUUUUGGUCUCAAAAGUUGCAUGAGACUUGAAAGUAAAAAGUCUGCAAGCGACGCAGUCAAAAAAAUGUUGCGUGGCGGAUUUAUUGUGACAAAUGUCGAGGGGGCUGAAUCAGCCCCCCCCCCCACAGUCUUCUUAGGGUUAAACAAUUGUAUCUGAUUGAUAGGAAUUGUAAAAACCCAGACAUACACAUGUGGAUAAGAUGCUUUUGAAAAACUGAAAUACAUAAGCUAUUUUAUUUUGCCUCCCCCCCCCAAAAAAAAAAGGUGAUAUUUGGAGGCAUUAUGUUCCUGGGUUGUCCAUUUAUCCAUCCUGCUAAAGGUGCCAGGUUCCCUAUGACCAUGCAGAAAAGACUACAGGUGUAUAAUGUAGCACAGGAUUCUUACUAAGUACCUUUACCCACAACAAACUAUAUAUUUUUAGAAACAUAUGGUAAUUCAAAGUCAUGAAUUUAAAACUCAUGAUUUUUCAAUAAAUGAAGUUGAUAUGGUUAUAAGUCCACAACACAGGGAGUGAUUUAAGUCCUGAUGGAUUAUUUUAAUUUUCUGACUUCUUUGUAAUGAAUUAAUGAUAGCUUUAAGAAUUAAUCACAGUAGAAUUGUAGGAAUCAUGUAUUCAACAAGAGAUUAGAGAGUGGGAAAUGCAGGAAAGAAUUUUAUACACUACUCCACCUGUGGGAUACCCAUGUACAGAAGGUAUCAUUAUUUUGUUGUACUCUUCAAGAUACACAUUUCCUCAAAACUUUUAAUGGGGAAAAAAUCAUUUUGUGCAAUUUAAUGGUCAAGAAAUAGCUAUACUGCUCAUUAUAUCACACAUUUGUAAAGUCCGAUGUGUUAUACAUAGUAAAACUCCUUUGGGCCGAAUUUGUUGAUACGUUUUGACCCCCCCCCCCCCCCCUCUUAUUAAAAAAAGAGGUAGAAGUACACAUGAAACCAGCUAAGGGGACAACAAGUAAAAUUCAUUUUUUUUAUGUUUAGGGCACCUGGUUCUCAUAAGGGAAGAAACAUUUGACAAAUCAAUUUUCAUUCUUGUGACAACCAAAGAAAUGUUUCAGGGAUCAAUAUCACUCUUGUCUCUUGUAUUGAAAUUUGACCAAGAGCUAAAGGUCACAGAAGUCAUUAUUUCAACAUAUUGCAUAUGUUCUUGAUCUUGUAAUGGCAAAGCCAUACAAAUUUUGAAUGUGUGCAUUAGAGAAUCCAUUUUUUUUUUUUUUUUUUUUAAUAAGGUUAAUAAUAAUAAAAAUAAUGAAUUGCUCUAUAGUGGCUGCAUCCACUCACUACCAUUGCCAUAAUUGUGAACAUGAAAGCUAAUAUUAAUAGCAUUUUAUGUUGUAUUGUUAUACUAUGAACACUAUGGGGACAUAAUUGUGUUCAGGAGUUGUUUAUUUUGCAAGAAUGAGGUCACCCUAAUUAGUAAUUUUGUUGACAUAAAGGUAAUCUUUAAUGUCUGCAAAAAUUGAAGAAAUCAUGAAUAUUUUUCUUUAAUUUGGCUGGAUUUGUUGGGAUUCUUAUUUGCCCUGAGAAUAUUUAUAUUUGACAGUGAUUUUACCUGAUUGCUGUUUCACAAAACUUUCCAUUUGUAGAAUAAAAAAAAGAAACAACUAGUGGAUAAUCUCCAGAACAACUCUGUAUUUGAAUUGAUGUUGUGCAAUAUAACAUGUGCAUGUACCCUGUAACUUGGUUAUGAACCCAAUGAAAUACAACAAUACAUACAUUUGAAAUGUAUAUUCAAUCUCAUUCAUCACGUAAUACUUCCUAAUUAUCAUGAAAUGGAAUAUAAAAGUGUCAAAUGAUAGGAUGAAGUUAUUCUUGUUGAAUAUUUUUUUUGCUCAUAUAUUUUCUAUUAAAAUUUGCCAUUGAUAAUGGCAAAAUGUUGUUGCCCUAAUAAUGUGUUGAAGUUGAUGUGCAUAAAAGAAAACUUUUGUAUACAUACUUUGCAGAAAUCAGAAUUUGUGCACAAAGGCACACAUGAUGUUGUGGGUUACUCUUCCUUAGUAUCAAUGGAAUAAUAUUUGGAGGUUUAUUGCUUGGUAAUGUGACUACCUCUUGCUUUGGGUCUUACAAACUUUUUUUUUUGCUUUUAGAGAUAUGCUCUUUUAAAUGAAAGAAUGUGGAUCUAGCACUUGAAUAUCCUCUAUUGGCAAACCAUUGUUUAGUAAUACCUAAAAAACCCAUAUAACAUGUAAUGUCCCUUUAUUUGGCAGUGGGGGAAUGAUAUGAAAAAAUAGGCAAAAUACAUGUAAAGAUAUCGUGAACUUUAUAUGAAUGUGGCACCAUGUCUGCGCACCUAACGAUUUAAGUUCAUAUUGAACAUGAAUUCCUUUUUAUUUCACAAAAUCUUUCAGUUGAUAAUGUUUCUUAUAUUUUUAUGAGUAAGUGUACCAAAAAUCUCUCAAAAAUUUGAAAUAAAUAUAUGAUUUUCUUAGAAAAAAGAUUGGCCAGUCAUUUUCAGAUUGAACAAAAAAAUGGUGCCCCGUGUCUGGGCACCCAUUCACUUUACACGUGAUUCAGGGAUUUUGAUGAGAAAGGCUGCAUUUGAGGCCGUCACAUGAAAUGUCUGAAAUUAUUUUUCCUCCAUUUUGAGUCGGAUUUGUUAAUGAAUAUCUGUCUAUGUAUUGCAUGUGUAAAGUUUGUGUUCGUUGUGUAUUUUCUUUUACUAUAAUCUCGCAGAUACGCGUAUGCGCAGACAAUGGGGACUGCGCAAACUUGGGGGACCUUACCAUACCUGUUGAUGGACCACAUCAAAUAUCAAAGCAAUAUUGCAAGUCAGUUUCAUGAUCAAUAUUCGUUUGCUGCCAGUGAUGAUCUGUAGAUCAAAGAUGGUCCGUAGAGACUCUUGGGCCGGUUGCACGAAAGGGUCUUUCGUGUCACCCAUUUAUUAUGAUGCGCCAUGUGAAACGCAUUUUAAAUAAAUUACCUGCAAACAUAUUUUAUUCGUCCAUUAAUGUAAACAAAAUCUUUGUUUAAUAAAUGAUGUGAUAUAUCAUGAAAUUGUAUACAAAUUGAUUUAAAUGCUAGCUAACAAAUUUUAUUUGUUUAUCGUACAUUUCAGAAAUAUCCCGCAUACAGCACAUCAUAAAAGAUGGGCGACACGAAAGACGGUCCUUGGAAAGACCCUUUCGUGCAAUCGGCCCCUGGGUUCUUGAAGUAAUAUUCCAAUAUAUAUUGGUAUAUUGAAAGUUGGCAAGGCAUAUUAAAGGUGCUGUAAAACU